CUGACCACUAUGUUUGUGGUCAUUCGUUUUGUUUCACGCCGCCUUACGCUUUCCGUUGCAUGGGAUGACUGGACCUGUUUAUCAGCCUUGAUCUUUUCAUAUGGUUUCCUGGCGACUGUGGCUAUCGAUGCUAGGAGUGACUUUGGUGCUGGAUAUCACAUGGAUCAGCUCGGCAGGCCUCAGAUUCAACGUUUUCUCAAGGUCGGUAUUGCAAAUUAUCUGCUGUACCAUGUAACCAUUUCUUUGACAAAGAUAUCGAUACUCCUCUUUCUCAAUCGCCUUUUCAUCACCCAGUAUUUCUUGCUUUUUUCGCGUGCAAUUGGUGUCAUAAUUGUGUUCUACCUCUUGGUAGCAACAGUUGCCAUUACAUUCGGACGCACUCCAAUAGAGUCGCAGUGGAAGCCUUGGAUACCGCACAAAUCCAUUGAUAGCAGAGCAUUCUAUAUCGCGUUGGCCAGUAUCAAUACUGUACUCGACGUUACGCUCCUGCUGAUGCCGCAACCUGCCGUCUGGAGACUACAAAUGAGCUCACAGCGAAAGAUGUUACUCUCCAUGUUAUUUUUACUAGGUGGCUUGGUCUGCAUCGUCAGCAUACUGCGGAUUAUGACUUUGAGAACAAUCGAUAUGGCCGAUAAUACCCAUUACAUCACGAAUUUAGGUCUGUGGACGUCAAUGGAAAUGCAUGUCGGAAUCAUUUGUGCCUGUUUGCCAAUGUUUCCCAGCCUUCUUCGACACUUAAAAAAUCGACUCAAAACCACCAAGUAUUAUUCGUCGUCUGGAACAGACCCGAUACCUCUUCCUGAAACUCCAAGGCGCAGAUCUUUCAAGGGCCUUCAAUUACAGAACUCGAGAGAGAACCUGUUUACCGAUACCGGGUAUGUCCACCCAAAACCAAAGUGUGAUGUCUAG